AUGGCCGUGUGCUUGCUGUUCUGCGCCGCCGUGUUUUCUUACAUCGUGUCAGCUGAACGCCAGGGGCUCAGCGGCACUGCAGACCAGCGACUGCUGCGCGAAGCCGACACCUUCCUGACUCGACGCAAGGGGCCGAGGCUUUCAGGUCACAGAGCCAGGGAGUCUGAGCAGCAGGAGAAGCGAGGCAAAGCACUGCUGACUGCUGAAGGAGAGACGCCAAAAGAAGAUCAUGCGUACGACUCCUUCUUUCUUCCGAACCCAGAUGACGAAAUCGAAGCCAGGGACUCAGAGCAGCAAGAGAAGCAACCCAAAGCACCGCAUGAGACGCCAAAAGAAGAUCAUGCGUACGACUCCUUCUUUCUUCCGGACCCAGAUGACGAAAUCGAAGCCAGGGACUCAGAGCAGCAAGAGAAGCAAACCAAAGCACCGCCUGCUGCUCAUGGAGUACAGGACUCCACGAGCGCCAAGCUUCUCCUCUCGGCACCCGUGCACUUCGCGGGCAGCGUGGUCUUCGCAGGGCAGCUGAGAGUGGAGGCCACCAAGCCGAUGAGCUGCGCGUGCCUCGCCGUCGGCAACCUUACAUUGCACCCGGAAGCACGCCUCAGCCUUCAGGGCUGCAAGAACCAGGCUCUGGGGAAGGAAGGCAGAGGAGGCUGCCUCAGCGUGGACGGCGAUGCCGAUCUGCUGGGCGGCCAGCUGUUUCUGCAUAAAUGCGAAGCAACAUUUGGAGGCGGCAUCAGAGUUGGAGGCCGGAUUCUGGCAUUUGCUGCGUUGUCCGAGAAAGGCGCCGUCUUUGCACGAGUAUGCUUGGCGGACUUUCACACGCAUUCUGCUGAUGCGAAGCUGACUCUUGCAGGCACGCUGCGAAGUCGGAAUGCGCUUGUUGACGCAAGGAGGUGCGAUGCAACCUGUGGAGGUGCCAUCAGCGCAGGGAACAUUAGCGUCUCCGGUGGCAACAUGAACAUCAGGGGGUCUACGGCUCGCGACAUCGGAGGUGCCAUCAAAGCAGGGAACAUUCGCGUCUCCGGUGGCAACGUGACCAUCAGGGGGUCGUCUACGGCUCGCCGCGGGAGUGGAGGUGCCAUCUAUGCAUCCGAGGACGUGGUCGUCUCCAGUGGCAACCUGACCAUCAGGGGGUCUACGGUUCACGUUGGGGGCGGAGGUGCCAUCAAAGCAGGGAACAUUCGCGUCUCCGGUGGCAACGUGACCAUCAGGGAGUCUACGGUUCACGAUGGAUUGGCUAACUUGUAUUUGGACAUGUGGCCCGAGUUCUGUUGUUUUUGUCCGCCCGCUUGUUGGGGACACGGGAGCAUCAAACGGAUGACCACGGAGGUGGAGAUAGCCAACAUAAUUCGCAAGUCUGCUCGGUCUGUGACACUCGCGAGUGGCGAACGGCCCGGUGCCAUCAAAGCAGGGAACAUUCGCGUCUCCGGUGGCAACGUGACCAUCAGGGAGUCUACGGUUCACUAUGGGAGCGGAGGUGCCAUCAGUGCAGGGAGCAUUAGCGUCUCCGGUGGCAACGUGACCAUCAGGGGGUCUACGGUUCACGAUGGGAGCGGAGGUGCCAUCAGUGCAGGGAGCAUUAGCGUCUCCGGUGGCAACGUGACCAUCAGGGGGUCUACGGUUCACGAUGGGAGCGGAGGUGCCAUCUUUGUCAAGCGGUGCAUGAACGUCUCCGGCGGCAACAUGAAUAUCAAGGAGUCUGAGGCUUCGCAGUCUGGAGGCUGCAUCUAUGCUAACCGCGCUUUCGAGCAGUCCGGCGGCGCCGUCAGCCUUCAGGGCUGCACAGCCAAGCACGAAGGAGGUGGCAUUUUCGCAGUCAACAUCACGAUGGAGGAGAUGGCCAUGCUCACCAUCCGCGACUCCCAGGCAGAUAGAGGCGGCGGCGUCGUGGCGGAGUGGAUCAAUAACAAGGCCAGCCAUCUGCACGUUUCCAACUGCGCAGCCGCAAGCCACGGUGGCUGCAUCCACGUCAAAGCCGGGGCUGAGUUCGCGGCCCCGCUCUUUUUGAAGGGCUGCAAGGCCCAAGGUACAGGCGGCGCUGUCUAUGCCCAAGGAACGCUCGUGUCGAAACGAAUCAGCUGCAGCGACUGCAGUGCCCCGACUGCAGGGGUCCUGCAGCUCGAAUCCGGCAAUGCAAGCGUUGGAAGCAUGACGCUUGGAAGCGGCUCAAGGCUCCUCCCGGCACCUUCGAUUGUUGCCACCACCGAACCUAGUGCGAGCGUCGAGAUUGGCAAAGUGGACUGCCGCCAAGCGCCGGGCUGCACUCUGGCUGUUGCAAAGAUGCAGCUGGAUCAGCUUCUGUGUCAGCGGGGAGAAAGCCGCCAAGCUCUGGCAGAUGACGAUGGUGCGGCGUGCCGCGAAUGUCCAGCAGGUGAGAUCCGCCUUGUUGCAGUGGACCAGGACAAUGCCAGCUGCACACCCUGCCCCAACACGCAAAACGUGACCAUUUUCUGCACAUCCACGGAGCUGCGCAUGCCGGCCGGCUACAUGGUGGACUUCGAUCGCGACGUGGCCUCAAAUCUCUCCGCCUGGUAUCGGUGCCCCAACGAGAUGGCCUGCCCCGGCGGCCACUUCAAUGCCAGCAGCGUCCCCGGCGAGCGUGCGCAGGAGCUGGUUCCCAUGUGCCAAGAGGGCUAUGGUGGCCCUGGGUGCACGAGCUGCACUGAAGGCCACGCACGUGCAGAUGCGGACAUUCUGUGGUGCGUCCCCUGCGCCAACUGGACCACCUCACCAAAGCAGGUGGUGUCGUAUGUCAGCUUCUUCCUCUUGAAGAACCUGGCCCUCUUCGCCUCGGCGGUGGUAAGUGUGGAGGGCAGCGGGGGCAAGAGGGCCGCCAGUGCCACACUGCUGAAUCAGGCAAUGUCCUUCGCCGCUGUGGCCGGUGUGACCAUGUCCGGCGCCAUGCAAACGGGCACCUUCAAGAACGAUCUCGACCAUGCAGCACAGGUGGUUCUGCAGAUGUUGACAGUGCCGGCAUCUGUCGCACAAGGGCAAGGCUCCAGCGAUGCCGGCAGCAGCAGCAUGUCAGGCCAGUGCCUGCUUCAGCUGCUUAACAUGGACAGCAGCAUCCACCACGUGCACAUGCUGAUGUCCCUCUGGCCAGCGCUGCUUGUGGCAGGCCUCGCCGUGAUCAAGGGCGGCUGGCUUGCGGCCGUGGUUGGAAGCAACGUCUUCCUGCCAGCCUUCAUCGCCGGAUUCGGGAAGUACCUCGUGGCCUUCCGGCUCCGGCCCGAAUCGGAGAACGAGGCGCUGCGUUUGGACUUCCUUCCCCCGGGGCCGCAGAUGAGUUCCUACGUUCCGCUUCGGAUCGCAGCAGUGCUGGGUGCCAUCCUCGGCUUCUCGGCCCUGAGCGUGUGCAGCUGGAUCUACGCAGUCCGAACCCGACCGCCGAAGGAGACGCGGCCGCACGUGGCCUAUCUGAUCCAGGCAUACCGACCGGAGUGCGCCAUUUGGGAGGUGGAGCGGCUGAUGCGUAAGGUGGUCUUGGCGCUGGUCGCCACCGUCCUGCCGGUCACUUUGUCACCCGCACUUCAGAUGGAAGCCGUGACUUUGGUUCUGAUCGCAUCCCUCGUGGCACAUCUGUACUUCUGGCCAUACCAGGCAGAUGACUGGAACCGCGCAGAGAUCGGGCUUCUGAUCGUGAGCCUGACCAUCACUGGCAUGACCACCUGCCUCAUAGCCAACGACCUGCACUGGGCGAAGUCCGCCUUGACGCAGCGCCUCCUGGUCUUCCUGAUCUGCGCGAUUGCCGGAGGGAUCUGCAUCGUCAUGAUGGUCGCCUUCGCCAUGGCUUACCUGGCGGAGCGGCGCCAGAGGGCCGAGGCCAAGAAGGCGGAGGACACGUCAGCCGCCAGGCCUCUGUCGCCGAGAAGGGAGGCCGCGGCUGCUGAGUCUCGCACCGAUGAAACAGUAGGAACUGUAGAGGAUUAG